GUUGCUUUCUCCUUUACGGCCCUUCCUGCAUCGCUCCCUCACAUCCUCAGUGACUUCCACAGCGUUCCUGACCCGCGUUUCUGGCUAACGGAGAGGAGAGCCUGUGCCACACACUCACCUCUGAAUACUUCCAGUUGGAGAACGGCUCAACAUGCCUGAGCCCACGAAGAAAGAUGAUGGCCAGCCUGAAGUGGCCCCAGACUCUUCUGACGUCCCAUCUGAGAAUUCGGUUGAGGUGACUUCAAAAGAGGCUAAAGUGGCAACCAAAGACACAGAGGCCAUAGUGACUGCGGCCGAAGCAGAGGCAGCCGUGCCCACACCUGCUGCUGAGCCCCCUCAGCCACAGCCUGUAGUUAUUGUGGUGACUGAACUAGAGCCAGUAGAGGGUGAGGUCACAGACCCACAGCCAAUAGUGACCGAGCCUGUAGAGAACGGGCACAAUGAGCCUGAGCCAACGCGGCCUGAGAGGAGUGUCCAAGUGAUUGAGGUUAAAGAAGAAGAGUCAAGUGCCUCAAAAACUCAUGAUAAAGAUGAUGAUGUCACCGCCAGCACCCCCUCACCUCCACCUCCAGCAGAAGAUGGCAGCACACCCAAGAAACUUUCUAUUGACCUUCCUAAUGAUAGCGACCCUGAGUCAACAAGGGGAAGGAAAGACUCAGUGUGGUCUCUGGGGGAUGGACAACCUCCUGAGGAAAUCGACAAACAGACUGAAAACCCACCCCUUUCCACUCUGCUGAUUGAAAAGCCACAGAGCGGCUCCAUCACUGUUGGUGGAGACAUCACCUUUAUUGCUAAGGUGGAGGCCAAAGACUUGCUCCGUAAACCAACCGUUAAGUGGUUCAAGGGCAAGUGGAUGGAUCUUGCAAGCAAAACUGGGAAACAUCUGCAGCUCAAGGAGUCUUUUGAACGCAUUUCCAAGAUUCACACUUUUGAGAUGCACAUCAUUAAGGCGAAGGAGAACUAUGCAGGGAAUUACAGAUGCGAGGUCACCUACAAAGACAAAUUUGAUAGCUGCUCUUUUGACCUGGAGGUCAAAGAAGUUCCAGAGGUUUCUCAGAGCAUUGACAUCCGCUCUGCUUUCAAAAGAAGCAGUGAAGGCCAGGACGAUGCAGGCGAGCUUGACUUUAGUGGGCUUCUCAAACAUAGGGAGGUCAAGCAAGAGGAGACUCCUGAGGUGGACGUUUGGGAGAUUUUGAAAAACGCCCGUCCUGAUGAGUAUGAGAAGAUUGCAUUUACAUACGGCAUCACUGAUCUCAGAGGGCUGCUCAAAAGACUGAAGAAAACCAAAAAGGAAGAGAAGAAGAGCGAAGCAUUUGCCAAGAGAUUGGAACCCGCAUAUCAGGUUGACAAAGGCGGAAAGAUCCGGUUAAUUGUGGACCUUGCCGACCCGACUGUGGAGUUAAAAUGGUAUAAGAAUGGACAAGAGAUCCGUCCUACUCCAAAUAACAGGAAGUUUAUCUUUGAGCACAAAGGCACUCAGCGGAUAAUGGUUAUUAACAACUGUCAGAUGAGUGAUGAUGCGGCAUACUCAGUCACCGCAGGAGAGGAGAAGUGCACCACUGAACUGUUCGUCAAAGAGCUGCCUGUGAACAUAGUGAAAGAGCUGGAGCCUGUCAAAACCACAGUCAAUGAGAGAAUUGAACUGGAGUGUGAGGUGUCUGAGGAAGGAGCCAAAGUAAAAUGGAUGAAGAACGGGGUGGAGGUUCCCACAGGUGUGCGUUCACGGUACCGUGUGAAAAGCGAAGGGACCAAACAUUGGCUGAUCAUUGACGACGCCUCAAAGGACGACACUGGCACCUACUCCCUGAUGGCCACCGGGGGCACUAGUCAAGCUCACGUUCAAGUUGACCUAAAGCCGCUAAAGGUUUUAAUGGAUCUGCAGAGUGUGACGGUGCUGUUGGGUCAACCUCUUAAACUCAACUGUGAGAUUUACCCUGGAAAUGUCCCGGGCCGCUGGUACAAGAAUGGCCAGCUGGUCCAGCCCAACGACCGCAUCAGCAUUACACAUAAAACUAAGAAUCACAGCCUGGAUGUUGAGAGCUCCACAAUUCAUGAUGCCGGCGACUACACUUUUGUUCCUGAGGGAUACACACAGACACUGUCUGCCAAAGUACACAUCAUAGAUCCUCCCAGGGUGCAUUUAGAGGCACUGAAUGUCCAGGACAACACGGUGACCAUUGUGGCUGGAAACAAACUCCGACUGGAGAUCCCUAUCAGUGGAGAACCGGCGCCCAGAGUCGUGUGGAUGAAGGGAGAACGGGUCAUUCUUGAUACAGGAAGUCGAGUUCGUGCAGAGACAUUUGCAGAUCACACUUGCCUCACCAUUGACAUUACAGAGAGAGAAGAUACCGGAAACUACAAGAUCGUCCUUCAGAAUGAAGCUGGCGAGGACACGGCUAGUGUUAGAGUCAAAGUCGUGGAUAUCCCAGAUCCCCCUGAGGCUCCUCUGGUCACUGAUGUGGGUGGAGAUUGGUGCACUAUGACAUGGGAGCCUCCACGCUAUGAUGGAGGAUCCCCCAUCCUUGGAUACUUCAUCGAGCGAAAGAAGAAACAGAGCUCUCGAUGGAUGAGGCUCAACUUUGACCUCUGCAAAGAAACCACCUUCGAGCCCAAAAAGAUGAUAGAGGGUGUUCCGUAUGAGGUGCGCAUCUUUGCAGUUAAUGCUAUCGGCGUCUCCAAACCCAGCGAACCCUCCAAACCUUUCAUUCCUCUGGCUGUGACCAGUGAACCCACAAUGCUGGUGGUGGAUGAUGUCACAGAUACAACAGUGACCAUGAAGUGGAGACCACCAGACACGAUUGGUGCCGCUGGACUGGACGGAUACCUAAUUGAAUACUGCAUUGAAGGAACUGACGAUUGGAUAGUUGCUAAUAAAGAGCUGACAGAAAAAACCAAGUACACUAUAACUGGUCUACCGGUGGAGGCCAAGAUCUUAGUGCGUGUGAAAGCCAUAAACGCUGCUGGCGCAAGUCAACCACGCACAAUCCAGCACUCCAUACUGGUGAAAGAGGUCAUCGAGCCUCCUAAGAUUCGCAUACCUCGACACUUGAAGCAGACGUACAUUCGAAAGGUUGGCGAAGUUGUCAACCUCGUCGUGCCAUUUGUGGGCAAACCAAGGCCGAAAGUCACCUGGUUGAAAGAGUGCCAGCCGAUUGAUCCCACCAUCAGUAUUCGCAACUCCGACUGUGACAGCAUUAUGUUCAUCCGCAAGGCUGAGCGCAAGCAUUCUGGGAAAUAUGAACUGAGCGUACAAGUGGAAAACCACAUCGACACAGCCAUGCUGGACAUCCAGAUAGUCGAUCUCCCAGGACCACCACAGGCUGUAAAGAUUGAAGAGAUCUGGGGGAAUAAUGUAGCGCUGGAUUGGAGCCCACCCAAAGACAGUGGCAAUGCACCUAUAACAGGCUACACCAUCCAAAAAGCUGACAAAAAGACAAUGGAGUGGUACACAUGUGUGGAGCAUUAUCAUCGUACCUGCAUCACAAUUUCAGAUCUAGUGGUGGGCAAUGAAUAUUUCUUCAGAAUCUACUCAGAGAACAUGGUGGGCUUAAGUGAAGAUGCCACGGCCACUAAAGACAGCGCUCUGAUCGUGAAAGAAGGCCUUCAUCUGAAGAAUCCUGAAUAUAACGACCGUGACUUCACUGAGCCGCCCCGUUUCACUCAGCCCCUCAUCAACACCUUCGCCAUUGCCGGGUACAAUGCCACCCUGAACUGCAGCGUGCGUGCCAACCCUCGGCCUAAAGUGGUCUGGAUGAAAAACAAGAUUACCAUCAUAGACGACCCACGUUACCGCAUGUUCCACAACCAGGGUGUGUGUACACUGGAGAUCCGCAAGCCCAGUCCAUUUGAUGGAGGCGUUUACACUUGCAAGGCUGUCAAUGACCUCGGAGAGGCUCAGGUGGACUGCAAACUAGAGGUCAAAGGAGGUUUUACAUUCUUUGAGCUGAUGAAGCGAGGAGUUCCCUUACACCUCAUUGAUAAAUACAUGAACGAGUCUAAGACCUCAGAGUCAGAGAAGAAGGGAUCGGACUGAUGACUGAUUCGCCCAAUCAUUACAACAGAAAUCCCUGUCACUACUACAAAUAAUGGCACAUGUGUCAAAACGUUGGCAUGGCAUGCUGUGUUCAGAUCUGUAGUUGCUGUCACCGUUUUCAAAAACGCCACUGGGAUGCAUGACUUUAGUGAACUGGAUUGUAGCUUUUAUCACAAAUAGACUUUAUCACUUCAAUAUUGUAUUGUGAAAGACGUAGAGCAGCCUGGUACAGAUAUGGUGUAUAUGCAGUUCAUUUAUGACUUUCUGGGUGUGGAAAAUGGGGGUGAGCCAAACUGAGCACAAGUCUGGGGUUUUGGAUGUUUAUGGUUUUCUUUUCUUUUUUUUUCCUGGCUGUGUUGAGCUUUCCAAAAAUGUAUUCUUCAUUCUCUUAUGAAUGUAUUGAAACUCACUUAGAUUUGCAACACCAGUUCUGCGCAACUGUCGGAACAGACAUCAGAAAGAAAUAUAGAGACGAUGUGUUUGUCGAGUACAUGUUCAUUUUAGCAUGACAGUUGAAUAAAUGUCCCUAUAGGGAAAACUA